AUGCCACACGGGGACACAAGUCGUACUGUUUCCUAUCAUUUGUCUCUUAACAGCCUUCCUGAGUUACUCUCAAGUUUCCCUGACACUCCUGAACUACCAGAGUAUUUACAGGACAAAGUAGUAUCUGUGAGCGAUGAUCCUAAGGUUGCGGGUUUGCCCUCUCCUCCUCAUAAACUUCCUCCUCCGCCCUCCCCCCCUCAACAAAAAAUCCAACCUGAUGGGGUAGAUUUAGAGCUUAAUAAUAUCUCUCAACCUGAUAAUUCUUCACCAACAGAGGGUACUAUUCUUUUACCUCCUCCAACAUCAAAUGGUCCCCAAACAAAUGCUCCUCCAUUUGCUCCCUCACCUCCUGCUCCUCCUACAGCUCCAAGCAUGCCCGUUGCUCCUCCCCUGGCUCCCAAUAUUCUACAAGGGGUGGGACUAAUGUUAAACAGUCCAGAGAUCUACAUUUCACAGUCAAAUCAGAAAAUACUAAAAAUUUCUGUUCUAACAAAAAGUGAAGAAGUUGCCCCUCAACAGGACCUGCUGUCCCAGAUAAGGAUGGGAAGACAACUCAAAAAAGUUGAACGGACUGAGAAUAUAAAGGAUCCCCUGGCUUCCACUGGGUUUGAGGGUGUCAUGAGAAAAGUUAUGGACAUGCGCAGACCUGUUUUUCAAUCAGAGGACGAGCAGAGUGAUGACUCUGAUUAUGAUUGGGAGGAAGACUGUGGACUUUAAACAAACAGAAACUAGCUUUUUUAGAAUUUUCUUCUAAUGAUAAAUAUAUAUAUAUAUAUU